GCUCCCGACCAUUGUGGCUUGAGGUGUCGAUGACGAGCUGUUCUAGAUAUUACCCGAUAACACGAAGCCCACAGCGAUUUAUACUCCGGGUGCCAAAGUGGUGAGUGGUCAGUGGUGAAUGUCUUUCCUUGUCUUCGGGCUCUCACAUCAUCUUCAAUAUGGACGUGCCAACCAAACCAAGAUACACCAUUCUGGUCAUUAAUCCCAACACCUCUUCGCACAUGACCAAUGCUCUGAUACCCAUCCUGGAUAAUCUCGGACACGGAGGCAUUCAAUUCGACUACUUCACAGCUCCUGCGUCCGAAUCCGUCAAGGUCCACGAUGGGAGCUACGUGGAAGGAGUGCCUAGUAUAGACUCCGGUGAAGAUUCGGUCAAAUCGGCUCUCUACUGCAUGCCCUUUAUAGAGCAGUUAGUGACCGAAUAUGACGGCUUCAUUGUGGCCUGCUUCUCAGCUCAUCCUCUAGUCGGCAUGCUGAAAGAGAAGGUCAGAUCGAUUGAAGAAGCAGAGUCAUCGGGUGUCCCCUCGGAACUGAAGGUCAAGAAAAAGUACGUGACCGGCAUCUUUGAAGCGGCAGUCCUUGCAGCGUUGGGCGUGAUCAGUUCUUUUCAGACCUCGAGCAGCUUGGGCUUUGGCAAAGCCCAAUCCCGAGAUAAAUUUGGCAUCAUCACGACCGGUAAAGUCUGGGAGGCCGAGCUCACCAAAGCCGUCGGCGAUAUGCUCGGCAACUCGGGAGAUUUUACAUCCACUGGUCGGUUCGCUGGCGUCGAAACCACCGGGCUGACAGCCGUUGAAUUACACACCACCCCUCCUGCAGAAGUCCGCAAAAGAUUGGUCGAAGCGACGGAGCGGCUCUUAAAGAAAUCGAAUUGUCCCGUUGGUGCGAUAUGCAUGGGUUGUGCCGGCAUGGUGGGCAUGGAAGACGCAAUGAGAGAGGGAUGUGUCAGAGCCUACGGCCGGGAACGGGGCAAUCAAGUCAGGAUAGUCGACGGCGUUAUUGCUGGAGCUGGAAUGCUUGCCACAGCUUGCAAAGCCGGAUUCUAAGGCGUUGUUUACAAAUGGGCACUCAAGCAGGGAGGGAUUCCCAAUCUUGACACGGUUGAUACCGCGGGGCGUGUCAUGCUGGCAGAAAUAUCGAACUACGAAAAACGAGCGGCAAGCUAUAUUCAACUCCAAGAGAGAAUGUAUUAUGUAACUUAGUUUAUUUACAACCUCAGCCCGAGGAUUCACAGAAUGCAC